UUGGACGUAAUCGAAGAUAAGAGCCCGUAUGUAAACAAGUCGGUCAUGGCGGCGCCCUUCACCAGGAUUCUCGGAAAGGUUGGCAGGCAGUUGUCUCGGCCAUGGGCUUCCUGCCAGGCUGCUCUGCGGCCCAUGUCAUCACGGACGGUAGCUGUGGAGCAGGCUGCCCCUGUAGGUACCGGGUUCCCCCCACUCCAGACCUUCACAGAGGAGGAGGCCAUGAUGAGGGAGGCGGUGAGGAAAUAUGCUCAGGAGCGCGUCGCUCCAUUCGUAUCCAAGAUGGAUGAAAAUUCUUCCAUGGAUGAUGAAGUGAUCGGAUCUCUCUUUGAGCAGGGGUUGAUGGGCAUUGAGAUAAGUACAGAAUAUGGAGGCACUGGCUCCUCCUUCUUCUCCUCUGUGCUGGUGAUUGAGGAGCUGGCGAAGGUGGACCCGUCAGUGGCCGUGCUGUGCGACAUCCAGAACACGCUGAUCAACACACUGAUGUCCAACCUGGGCACGGAGGAGCAGAAGGCGAAGUACCUGCCCCGUUUCACCACAGACAUGAUUGGUAGUUUUUGCCUGUCGGAGGCGGGGUCAGGGAGCGAUGCCUUCUCUCUGAAGACCAAAGCAGAGAAGCAUAAAGAUUAUUACAUCAUCAAUGGCUCCAAGAUGUGGAUCAGUAACGCAGAGCAUGCAGGAGUCUUCCUGGUCAUGGCCAACGCAGAUCUCUCUGCAGGCUACAGGGGCAUCACAUGUUUCAUCGUGGACCGAGACACGGAGGGGCUUGAGAUCGGAAAGAAGGAGAACAAGCUGGGCCUGAGAGCCUCUUCCACCUGUGCGGUUAACUUCGACAGUGUCAAGGUCCAUGAGAAGAAUAUCUUGGGUAAAGUGGGGCACGGCUACAAAUAUGCCAUCGGGAUGCUGAACGGGGGCAGAAUUGGCAUUGCAGCACAGAUGCUGGGCUUGGCUCAGGGCUGUUUUGAUCAUGCUGUUCCCUACACCAGGCAGAGAGUCCAGUUCGGUAAACGCAUCUUUGACUUCCAGGGAUUGCAGCAUCAGAUUGCCCAUGUGGCCACUCAGCUGGAGGCAGCCAGACUGCUGACCUAUAACGCGGCCCGGCUGAAGGAGGCAGGACGACCCUUCAUUAAAGAGGCUUGCAUGGCCAAGUACUUCACAGCAGAGGUUGCAACAUUAACCACGUCUAAAUGCAUUGAGUGGAUGGGGGGAGUAGGCUUCACAAAGGACUACCCCAUCGAGAAAUACUACAGAGACUGCAAAAUAGGCACCAUCUAUGAGGGAACGUCAAACAUUCAGCUGAGCACCAUGGCCAAGUUCAUCGAUCAGGAGUACGAUUCAUAAACCCAUCGGUUCAUCUUUUCGUGCUGCUGGCUUUCUCCCGUCACUCAUCUGUAUGGAAGUCAGUAGCUGCACGUUGAGGCCUUUCCUAAACACUUGGACUCGUGUCUAAAACUGAACUGUUGGUGUCUUCAAGACAAUCGCAAGCAGUGUCUUCCAUUAUCCACCUAAUCAGGUGGGGAACUUGUCUUAGCAAGCUUUGGCCACUGGGUGGCAGAAACAGACCACAAGCUACUGCUGUAGACAAAUUCUCAUUGACCUGAGAUCUGGAGGAGCACUGUACUACAGACAGCUUCUAAUGACCUGUUAGUGUUAAUGUAGUUUUAAUGCAGUUUAACUGAGCUCCAGUUUCAGAUUGAGAACAUAUAACUGGCUGCUGCUGCAGCCAACAGGCUGAAUUGUGAGUGAGAUGAAUUAACUUUUCAUCAUCUAUCUUUUCUGUUAAACGCUCCCCGUCUCAUCAUUCCUGCACAGCUGAUGUAUGGAAUAGUACGUCACACAGUUCUCCUAGCUAGAAUUUGCUAAAAGAAAAACAUGGCCAGCAAAUUCAUACUAUAAAAUAAACAUUGAGUCACUUUAAACAGUAUUUCGAGACCACAUUAAAUCAACCAUAUCAUGGAAAACUAAUUUUGUUUUAAUAAAAGAAAUAUAGAAAUAUGGAAACUAAGCUGCAGACAGGGACUUAUAGCAGACAGUGACCUAUAGCAGUUUAGUCCUGACCCUUCGCACUGAAGUUAUGGGGAGUGUUUCAGCCCAGACUGCUGUUUAAAUGAGGCUCUAUACAGGACAGCCAAUCAGAACAGAGUGCGUUCACAUUUAUUAGUCUUAAACGUACAGUAACAAAAACAGUCUGUUUAAUUCUAAGGGAUAAAUAGAGAUUUGAGAAUGAAUGUUAUGUAAAAAUGAACUACAGCUGUAUUUGGUACAUAAUACUACACAAUAUCAUAGAUGAAUGUCAAGGAAAAAAAAAUAAAAACAAGAAAAAUGUACGAAAUGGGCCCUUUUAAAGUGUCUCUCAGCCUGGUCAGCCAUCCUCCUCCUGGACAUCAACCUACAUGUACAGUUCUGCUCCAAUCCAGAUCAAACUGGAUGUAACUAAGGCUUUCUGAGGUGAAUGGUCGGGUUGAUCAGAUGUGAUGGAUUGGACCUGGAGCUGAACUGAUAGGAUGAUCUCCAGGAGGAGGAUUGGGGACCACUGGUCUGAUAAUGAAAGUUACCUGCGUGUGUAUUUGCUGGUUACUGAGGUCAUAUUUUAAAAUAAUAAGCUUUUUCAAGCACGCUGGCCAUCAUCCAUCAUGAGAGACGUGCAGGCUGACCAUUCCCUGGAGAAGCCUGGUGAAGAUGGGCCUGUUUUGCUGCAGCAUUAUGUUCUCAUGCAUUACUGCUUUUGUGUUGUGUGGGUUUUGCUUUGUUUUGUGUUGUUUUCGUCCUGUUUGUCCUCCUCGCUGAUAAAGACACUAAUAAUCUGGCCUGAUCCUAGUAAAUGCAGCAUGAAGCUGCAUGGAAGGUGGAGGGUUUGUAUCAGGUUCAGCCAGAUCUCACUCACUGUAGACAAACCUAAGGCAAAUACGUUAGUGAACCAGCUAAACUGCUGACUGUUUCUCAAGAUUGAGCUGCUCGUUUGUUUAUCUGUCCAGUCAGCUUCACAGCCAGUGGUUGUUCUAGACUAGAGAUUAUUUUCCACUUUGUAAAACAGGAAUAAUCCGGUCUGUUUCAUGUUUGUUACUGAUCUAGCUACAAAUACAUACCUGUGAUGAGAAGUCAAAAAUGAGUUCAGUAAAUAAUAACAUCUUAUUAAAUGGUGCAUUGAAUGAUGAUUUACAGUAAAUUCUGUCGAUUAAGUUCCUUAUGAUGUGUUUGGUAGAGUCACUACAGUAAAAGCUGGUGAAAAAACAAAUAAAAUUCUUUUAAAAUCAA